GGGGGGAGGGUUUACAUCCGGGUCAACUGUCAUGGCCGUUUAGCACAGGGUCGCUUGCUGUAAACACCCCCACAAUGGAAAAACACUGGUACAGUGGCCAAGGGUGCUGACACCCUGACCCCCAUCUCCUUUUAAGGUAAGCAGGUGACUGAUCUUCAGUUCCAGCAGUAGAUUUGAUCAUCCAUGGAGGAAAUCACUUUCCAUCAUGACACUGUGCUGUCAGAUGUUCACAUGCUCCGUCCCGGUGGACGCCACCUUAUGACACAUCUCAACAGCGUUGGGCAACCUGUCUUCAUGUCCAGGUUGGUGAUCCUGGCAGAAAGAUGUGACAGUCACGAGCCAGGGAGUGACUUAAAACAGGAAAGUGAAACCAGCCAAACAGUCAAACAAGCCACUGACGAACCAGAUGGAGAGGACAGAAAAGUAGAGUCACUCUUGGAUGUCGAUGGAGAUCUUGACAUAAUACAUCGACCUCAGCCAAACCUUACAGAGGGCAGCAGUCGGGACUGGACUCGUCCAGUAGUUCUCAAACAGUCUAAUGAUGUAAUGGAACAAGAAGACGAGGGUCACUGGUUAAAAGAUGUUAUAAGGAUUGAGCACACGAUGGCCACACCCAUGGAGGAUGUUGGCAAACAGGUGUGGCGUGGGGCAUUAUUCAUGGUGGACUUCAUCCUCUCUAACCCAGUCAUGUUCAGAGGAGCUACAGUCCUAGAACUAGGAGCAGGGACAGGCUUAACCAGCAUCAUCAUGGCAACCAUAGCUAAAACAGUCUACUGCACAGAUGUGGGAGAAGACCUUCUACAGAUGUGUAAAAGAAAUAUAGCGUUAAAUAAACACAUGCUGAAGUCUGCAGAUCACGAGGUGAAAGUAAGACAGUUGGACUGGCUUCAGGAUGACCUUUGCACAGAUGUUGCUGUGGAGUUUAGUUGGACAAAGGAGGAGGUAGCAGAUCUGAAUAACACUAGCAUCAUAAUUGCUGCUGAUGUUUGUUAUGAUGAUGAUCUGACGGAUGGCCUGUUCCGAACACUGUACCGACUCUGCAGCAACUUUCCACACACCUGCACUAUCUUCAUCUCCAUUGAGAAAAGGAUGAACUUCACCCUGCAACACAUGGAUGUUUCCUGCGAAGCCUAUGAUCAUUUCGUCCACUGUAUGAACCAACUUCAGGACCUGGAGAACGGACAGUGUAGUUUCAGAGUGGAACAGCUCCCUUCUAACUUUGAUCAGUUUAUUUUAUAUGAACGUGUAGAACAACUGGAGCUGUGGAAGGUGACUGCGACUCCUCUUCCUUUUAAGCAAGCCAGAUCUGAUCCGGAAGCAUUUUAAUGUUGAUCUUGUACCAGCACCAAACCAAAGUGAAGAGAAACCCAAAAUUUGACCUAAAAUAUGUUUCAAGUUUACAGUUGACGUUUUAAUUACAUAUAUUUAUACAAAAAAUAAAAUGUAGUAAUCAAGAUAAAUAUUGAAAAUUACAAAAGUAAAAAAUAUUACUUUAUUUAAAUUUUGCAUUUCCUUGUGUAACUUUUUAUCCUUUACGUCCUCAUGUCAGUGGUUGUCAGUGUCUGGUUGGAGGAGCUUGGGAAGUGGAAGGAAGUGCUAACUGAGAAGUGGUGGGUCAGUUUUAGAGCCAAUUCAAUAGUCUUUGACCAAGAGACCAAACCCCAACGUUCAGUCAUAGAUCUUUAAAAGUCACCUGUAAAAUGCUGGGUUUGGUCUCUGGUUAGGGUUAACUUAUGGAUAUUGUAUAUGGGUUUUUUUUGUGCUGAUUAGCAAAAACUGGCAAUCUUGUCUAGUAGGAUUCAUAAACUUUACGGAUGCAACAAACAGGCACACAUAAGUGCUAAUUAGUCCUAGGUGAAACACUAGAAUUUCACUCACGAAAACUGAAGCACAAAUGUCUUAAAUGAGUCAUAACACACUGCACGCAUUGGUGUCUGUUUGAGAAUGCCAUUAAAAAAGCACCAUCAGCACAAACAUGG